UUUUCAUGGUAUGAAUACAUUUGCAUCUUCUUCAAGGCCAAAACCGUAUUGUAUAAAUUCUACUGGGUACAACCCUGGAUCAUAUUUUCAGGGUGUGAAUUCUUUUGCAUCCUCUUCAGGGCCAAAACCUCAGUGUGUAAAUUCUACUGGAUGCAAUCCUGGGCUACAUUUGCAAGAUGCGAAAUCUUCUGGAUUAACUUCAAUUUCAAAACUUCAAGGAAUGAAGCCAUGUGAGUUGAAUUCAAGGACAAAAAUUCAAAGCAAGGCAUCUAUAAUAGUCAACUCUGAACCAUACUUUCAAGGUAUGAAAUCUUCUGAGUUAAUUCCAGGGACAAAAUUUCAAGGAGUCCAAUUUUCAGAGAACGAACAAGUUGUACAACCUGUGUUCACUUUAGGGCCUCUGUUAAAUGAUGAGAAAUCUGUGGUAGUUUUCCCAGAUCCAUUACUUAAAAAUGUCAAGUCUGAGGAGUCGAGGAAACCAUCUAAACCACCGCUUUCUGGUAUAGACUCUGUAAAAUUGAUUUCAGGCUCUGGGCUGAAGAACUUAAAAUAUGAGUUUGCACCAGAGUUAUGUUUUCAAAAUUUGCAAUCGGUGGAACUGAGGCCAGAAUCCCAACAGAGAGCUUUAAAUAGCCAAGAGUUGAAUAUAGGAUGGCAAGGUGUAAAAUCAAUAGUGUUGGCACCAGAGCCAACUAGGAAGCUCUCACCAGGACCAGAGCUAACUAGUGUCAAAUUUUCAAAUUUGUUUCCAGAAUCACAGCAACAGGAUAUGACUUUGGAAUUUACUCCACAGCAAAAGUUGCAAAGCAUAAAGUACACAGAAUUAUCUUCAUUAUCUCUGCAGCAAAUUCCAAAAUCUGUGGUGUUAGCUCCAAGGGCACUGCCUCAAACAGUGAAAUCUGGAAAUCAAUGUCUGAGAACAAGUUAUCCAAUCACAGAAUCCUCUGACAUAAUCCCAAGAAUAGGGCAUCACUGUGUAGAAUAUGCAGAAAUCAUCCCAAAGCCAAGGCAUCAAGACCCUGAAUAUGUGAAUUCAAUUUCGAUACCAACAUAUCAAGUUAUAGAAUCUUCAGAAAAAACAGAAGGAUUAGUGCAUAAAGGCACAGACACUGUAGAGAAAUUUGUAGGGUUGACCCCAAAGCCAAUACGUAAAGCCAUGGAAUCUUCAAGGACUCCUUUGCAAAUAGAUAUUCAAGUAUCAGAAUUUGUUGAUCUGACUUCAGUACAAAAUGAUCAAGAGCCAAAAUCCUUAGAAUUUACUACAGGAAAAAACCAUAAAAUUCCAGCAACACUGGGAUUCCAGCAUUCUGACAUCCCAGGAGUGGCUAUCAUAUCUAAGGAAAGAAUGACAAGGAAGCAGGUGGAGAAAUUAGAGGACUCACUCCAGAGCUAUUCUCAACACCCACUACAAAGUUGGAGACCACCACUUGGGUCCUUCCAGGCAGGAUUAGGGGCUCAAAGAGACUCUGUUCGAUCUUUUCUGGGGAGACAACAGAAUGUCUGGGAGAGUCAUGCCUAUAGGCAGAGACUACCUAGAAAAUAUCUCUCCACAAUGCUAAUGCUGGGGAAUGUCUUAGAAACUACUAUGGAAAGGAAGGUUUCUUCUCAAACAUGUUUAGCAAAAAGAUCUGGUACAGAUAUCUGCCAAUCUGUUCAGAAUUUAUUUGGAGUUCCAGCUGAACUAAUGGAAUUUUCCCAGCCCCAGCUAAAGAAAGGUCCAGAUACUAUUUCAAAGCCUUCAGUGUUUAAAAACUACAUUCAGAGGCAUCCUUUAUGCCAUGGUCAUGAAAAAAGAAUGGGCUUAAGGAUAUGGACACGUGGCUUUCCAUCUUCCAUAAUACAGCAAUACUCUGGGACUAGACUGAGAAUAAAGAAAUCAAACUCAAAGCUCAGUGAUGAAUUCCAGGAAGUCACUCAGUACAUGCCAAUGCCAUGUGUAGGGGAUCAGCUUCCUACCCUAGUAGAGUCAGAAACUUCCUUCAGGAUAUUUCACAAUCAGGAAGAUCUUACUCCCUGUGAAUCAUGUGAUUCACAGACAAGGAUUUUUGAGCCCCUACAGUCCCAAAAACCAAGUUACUUUUCUCGGGCCAAGAAAGACUUUUCAGACCAGUCCCAUUUGCUACAAGAUCUGCAGCUAAAAAUUGCAGCAAAACUCAUGAGAAGUCAAAUACCUCCUAAUGUGCCUCCACCUCUAGCUUCAGGUCUUGUCCUAAAAUAUCCCAUCUGCCCACAAUGUGGCCAAUGUUCAGGAUUUAACUGCAAUCAUACUAUUUUACAUUCUACUUCUGGGCCUUAUAUUCUUAUCUAUCCACAGCUCCAUCUUGUGAGAACUCCUGAAGGUCAUGCUAAGGUCCAGGUGCGUCUUGGUUUUAGGUUGCGAACUGGAAAAAGACCUCAAGUGUCAAAGUAUCAUGGAAGAGACAGACAUACCAUACCAAGAAGUUUUAUAUCACUAUCACAAAAGAAAGCUAAAAUCUACCCUCCAGCUUCAAAGAAUGUUGGUCCCACAAAUUUUCAGUUUGGAUCUUCCCAGUGUCCUGUUCUUUCCCAAGUCCACAUCAGGAAAAAGCAACAGGACAGCCCUGAAUUAGUCAAACAGACAGAAAUUGAAGAGUCUAGACACUAUGAAUUCCCUACAGUUCGCGCUCUAUCGGACAGUGAUUUUGAAAGCAAUCAAGAUGAAAAAUUUACUGAAAUGAGAACAAAAAAGUCCUCUGAUUCAAAAUAUCCAACAAAAAGAAUCACAAAGGGACCUAGAGCACAAAACACAAAGUUCCACACAUACAAUAGAACCACAAUAGAAAAUACUACUGGGGAAUUACCAGCCACUUUAAGGAGGAAGAGGAUUGGAGCAACUCAGACAAAUACUGCUUCUUUAAAAAGACAACCUAAGAAAUCCUCCCAUUCCAAGUUCAUGCAACUGCUUUUUCAAGGCCUAAAGAAGGUAUACCAAACAGCACACAGGAUUAUGCCUUUUGUUGGUGAGAAGCCUGAGGACGGGAGGAUAGACAAUUUGAGGUCAAGUGAAAACUAUAAUUCACAACAAAAAUCUAGGGACUAUAAUUUAGCAAGAGAUAAGAAAGGAGAGAGGAUGCCAGCUGACAAGCAAAGGGCAACAAGUCCAAUCACUAAGCAGAAGGAUGUAUUUUGUGGAUCGUCAGACAAAUGGAGAUCAGCUCAAGAGCUACAAAAGGAUAGCUUUUCCCAUCUCAGACCUCUACAGUUGCUCAAGCCCACAGCUUCCCAAAGAGGAAUUACUUCACACACUACCUCAAUCAUUCAUCCUUUGGGUACAGUUCAAAAUGUCAGUGGCAGCACUGCAAAAAAAAAUUUCCACAGAGAUGAAAUCUCCAGCCAAGAGUCUAAGAAAUUGCUCAAACCAGGAACCAGAGUUCAGGCACAAUGGAGAAAUCUACCUGGUUCCCUUCAGAAGAAAACCUUGCAGAGUCAUCUCAGAGAGAAACACACGCACAAGGUGGGAAAGCACCAUGGGUCCUACAGGAAUAGAACCCAACACAAUCCCUCUGACAAGAGCUCAGGCAGCCCCUAUCACAGUCACCAUCUCAGUCCCUCAGAGAGGCGACCUCGCAGUCCCUCCGAGAGGAGGUGUCGCAGUCCCUCGGAGAGGCGACAUCGCAGUCCCUCAGAAAGGAGACACCACCGCAGGCACUCAGAGAGGAGCCGCCGCGGUGCCUCGGAGAGGAGCCAUGGCAGUCGGUCUGAGACAACCACCCCUCACCAUCCCUCUGAGAGGAGUGGCCAUACUUCUGGGACAACCCUUCACAGUUGCUCUGAAAAGAGCCAUCCUGGUCCCUUGGAGAGAGCUCAUCCCAGGACCACUGACAGAACCCGGCACAGCUACUCUGAGAGGAGCCAACGCAGUAGCCAACGCAGUCGCAGUCGCAGUCGCAGUCGCCGUCGCAGUGGCACUGAGAAAAUCCAACACAGCCCUGCUAAAGAGAGACUCAAGGACAAUUCCCCCAAGGAGAGGCCCAGACAUAGUUUGGCAACAGACUUCAAGGGUUACUCAAAUCUAUCUCCUAGGGACACUACUAAAAAGUCCAAAAGCAGGGCACAUUUGGAGGCCCGAAGUUGUUAGAUGAUAGAUGUCUCCUUCUGUUCUCCAUUUAGCUCCCCCUUUCCAGUCUUUUUUCCUCCUCAGCCACUGCCUCCAAUUUCCGCCUUCUCGGCGAGGAAAGGGCUUUUCAGGCCUCUCUACUAGAGGGGAGGGGAG